UUCGGAAAGGGAGCUGCCCCAGGCUGUGAUUGGAGGAAGCGGUGCCACGUGCACCCUCCCCUACUACACUAACUGCUGAGAUCUCGACUUGAAACAUUUAGCAAGUGACAUUGUGUCAUCUUGCAGUCCAGCGCUGAAAGAGUCAGACUGGAAGCGCUGAGUGGACCAGGUUGGUACAGGACCAAGAAGCCAAACAUUGACUGCAGGCUCGACUCUGUUUUGGACAGGUGAGGUGGAUUGGAUACCAUAUUUCUGACUUUAGACCUAGGUUGUGAGGCGGAGGGUCACGAUGGCAGUGAGCGGGUUUGACAUUGACGUGCCACGGUGGGAUCAGUCCACGUUUAUGGGAAGAUUGAAGCACUUUGCCAACAUCACAGACUGGAGGACAGCACUACUGCCGGACUCACGACUGGAUGAGGCUAAAGCACUGGUGGAGAGCUGCAGAGCAGGGUCCGUUCCCCCCGGCACCACAGAGGAACAGCUGCACUACGCCAAGAAGCUCUAUGACUCUGCCUUUCACCCUGACACUGGCGAUCGCAUGAAUCUGAUUGGUCGAAUGUCCUUCCAGGUGCCCGGAGGGAUGGCCAUAACGGGCGGUAUGCUACAGUUCUACAGGACAGUCCCUGCUGUAGUGUUCUGGCAGUGGGUGAAUCAGUCGUUUAAUGCUCUGGUCAACUACACCAACAGAAAUGCUGCUUCCCCCAUCACACCCAAUCAAAUCGGAGUAGCCUAUUUAACAGCAACUAGCACUGCUCUAGCCACUGCUGUGGGACUUAACUUCUACACAAAGAGGGCCCCUCCGCUGGUGGCGCGCUGGGUUCCGUUUGCAGCCGUGGCGUCCGCUAACUGUGUCAAUAUUCCAAUGAUGAGGCAACAGGAGCUCCUGAAUGGCAUAGCUGUAACAGAUGAGAAUGGAAACAAACUUGGCCAUUCCAAGAAAGCAGCUGUGAAGGGCAUCACCCAGGUGGUCAUUUCCCGAAUUACCAUGGCAGCACCGGGCAUGAUCAUUCUCCCCGUCAUCAUGCAGAGACUUGAGAAAUUCAAGUUUAUGCAGAGGAUCACCUUCUUCCACGGACCUUUACAAGUCAUAAUGGUGGGAGCGUUCCUGGUCUUCAUGGUGCCUGCAGCCUGCUCCCUGUUCCCUCAGCAAUGCUCCAUGGCUGUGUCUAAGCUGGAGCCAGAGCUAAGGGAGUCCAUCCUGUGUCAUUACGGGGACAGUGUACAAUACGUCUACUUCAACAAGGGCCUAUGAACACACGCACAUCUGCCUUCUUAAUAAUUGUCCAAUCAGGGAGAGCAUCUGAAAGUUUUUAUAGAUGAGCCAAUCAGCAUCUUCGGUUCAUAGGAUAAAUAGCUUUCUCCUUGUUUGUCUUUAUUUUCAAAGAAUCUUUGUAAUUCUAAGGGAGAUGUUCAAAUGUGUUUGAAUUCUCUUUUUGUACCACAAACCACCUUUUUAUGCGAGUAAAGUACAUGUUGGAUAAAAAAAAAUGUCACGAGGCCUGAUGGAAACAGCAGAUUUGUCUGUAAACUUUAGAAAUGUUGACAAAACAAAAUGCACUUGACAAAGUGGGAUCUUUUUGUGUCUGUAAAAUUAAUUCUGCGAGGAAUGGUGGUGGAAACACAUUUAUAAUAACCAUCAUAUUGAAGUAAACUUGAUAUGUUGUGUGGUCCUCCAACUAUGACUCAGAAAAGCAUACAGUUUAUUAGGUUACAGAGGAAAUAAGUUGUGAGUAACUGAUGAAAGUGCAUGGUGAGGCGCUUGAUGCACCUUUCCACUAAAUAUCGAGACUCUUAUUCUGGUGACAUGAUCGACGCUUGGCUGCCGUUUGAUAAAUAUACUGAACAAAAAAUAUAAAUGCAACAAUUUCAAUGAUUUUACUGAGUUACAGUUCAUAUAAGGAAAUCAGUCAAUUUAAAUAAAUUGGUGCCUAAUCUAUGGGUUUCACAUGACUGGGCGGGGCGCAGUCACGGGUAGGCCAGGGAGGGCAUAGGACCACCCACUUGGGAGCCAGGCCCAUCCACUGGGGAUCCAAGCACAGACAAUCAGAAUGAGUUUUCCCCCACAAAAGUGCUUUAUUACAGACAGAAAUACAAAAAAAGAAAUUUGGCAUGGCAAAAACAGCAGUUGAGUUGAAAAAUGCAAUGGAAACCCAUUUAACUUGUAUUUUUUUAUUCAGUCCAUUGGAAUUUAACUGCAAAAGUUACUUUAUGUGCACUGUCAUCACGCAUAGACUUUUAUCCGCAACAAGUCAAUUUGAUGAAAACAUAUCUCUAGUGGGAAAUAAGCUUUUUUUUUAAGCAAUUUUUAGAAUAUUCGCUUGAAAAUCUCGCCAAUUGAAUGGAAACCUAGCUACUAUCUCAAUGUUAAUGUGCCACAGUGUAUAAUUCAAGUGAUGCUAUUCAUCAUGCACUGUUUGUACUGUCUGAGUAUCUCCAAUCACACAUUCCAUAACUGGCUGGAAGGACAAUGACUUUUUGGACAUUUUGCAUGCAUUCCAAAUGGCACCCUAUUUCCUAUAUAGUCCACUAUUAUUGACCAGAAUUACAGCACGAUAUAGCGAAUCAACCUGUGUUAGUGACUCUUGACCAUGGAUUCAAAUAUGACCAACUGUGUGUGUGUACACAUCUCAGUGUUGGGUGCAAAUAAAGAGUAGUGUAUUACUCAAACAAUGUAAUGCCAUAUCAGGAAUAGAUCAUUACUUAAGCCUUCAUGCAGGUGUUCUAUAGAAUGUUCUUAGGUUUUGCCCUCGGCUCUUUGCCCUCGGUCAUCAGUGUUCUGAGUCUAUGGUUCCACAGUUUUUAGUGUUCUAGAAGG